GAUCCGGGAGAAUUCGUUGAGGUAUUUCCUCCUGAACAAACUAUUCGCGAGGGUGAUGACGUCACGUUUGAAUGCCACCCGCGGAAUAUCCACCACCGCGUGGCAAUACAAUGGCUUCGCCGUGGUGGAAGUCUUCCUGCCAAUGCGAUCAUCAACAGGGGACAGCUGACAAUUCCACAUGCCAAAGCUGCUGACGCAGGAGUGUACAUAUGCAAAGUUAGUAGCAUUUUCCUCCCCAAGCAGGCUGAAGUGCGUCUCAGUGUAGAAAGCGGCCACAUCGCAGAGUACGUCGGACCGAGUCAUUGCUUAGAAACCGAAGCCACUUGCCAAAACGGUCAAUGCGUCAAACGCGAAUACGUGUGUGAUGGGGAAAAGGACUGUGAAGAUGGCUCGGAUGAAUUUAACUGCCCUGAACCUAAAGCUUGCGAACCAAAUGAAUUCAAAUGUGAUAACAAGCUCUGCGUUCAAAAGUUGUGGAUCUGCGAUGGCGACGACGACUGCGGUGAUGGCAGCGACGAGCGCAACUGUGGAACCCGUGCUCCUGGUGAACCAUGUUCUGCAAGUCAGUUUCAGUGCAGAACCGGAGACCAGUGCAUUGCUGCCAGUUUCCAGUGUGACGGACAAAACGAUUGUGCAGAUGGGUCUGAUGAAAUCGGCUGCGCUCCGCCGAUAUGCGUGCAGCCGCCGGUGCGAGAAAUUACCGUUCGUUGUGGUGAAACGGUAGUGCUUGAGUGCAAAGCAGUUGGUGUGCCUGUGCCGUUCAUCAACUGGCGCUUGAACUGGGGCAACACAUGCGGCCCGCCUCGAUGCAUACAAAAGAGUGACAGAGGUUACGGAGUCUUGACCAUCACCGAUGGCGCAUACACGUGCGAGGCAAUAAACAACAAGGGAAGAAUUCUUGCCACCCCCGAUGCCAUUCUAACUGUUCAGUGCCAAGAGACCGGUGCGUGCAGUGCUGCCGGAACUGCCGGCGAAAACGUGCAGGGCAAGAAAUGUCUGUGCAAGCAUCACGUCACCGGCGAAUACUGCAAUCAGUGUAUACAGGGUACCUUCUACCUGAACCGAAGAAACCCGUACGGUUGUAUUCAGUGCUUCUGUUCCGGCGUGAUUCGUUCGGCCUUCAGCCCUGGUGGGCCCUCAGUGACGGUGUCCGACUUCCUUGAACGAAGCCCUGAGGCAACACCUAACAUCGUGUUCCAGCCGCGCGGCACCAUUUCCAUGACCGGAUCCUUCGACCAGGUGCUCUACUGGCGCUUACCGCAGGAAUUCCUGGGAAACAAGCUCACCUCUUACGGCGGAUACCUCACAUUCACGAUGCAGUACUCGUGUAUCGGCGGAGAGCUGGAUGAGCCGCUGAUCGUCAUUAGAGGCAAUGAAAUAACGCUUGUUCACCGGUCACGUACUCCACUGAAACCGGACCACUUGAAUACCGUCCGGAUUGAAAUAUUUGAAACAUACUUUGAACGUGAAGAUGGACAACCAGCGACGAGGGAGCACCUGUUGAUGGCUCUUGCUGAUCUGGACUCCUUGAUGAUUCGUGCCAGUCAUUGCUAUGGUCAACGGGAAUCAAGUCUGGGAGACGUUUCGUUGACUAUAGCAGUCGAUCGUGACACGCAGCAGGAACGCGCCUGGGAAGUUGAACAGUGUCAGUGUCCCCCGGGAUAUCAAGGACUGUCUUGUGAAGACUGUGCACCUGGAUAUCAGCGUACCGGAGGUGGUCUUUAUCUUGGCCUCUGCGAACCAAUUGGAGGUGGAGGUGAACCGCCGGCUCCGGUCAUGCCAGAAAGACCAGAGACACCGGAACCUGUGAGGCCUGAGUACGGCUGCAACCCCGCCGGCUCUUUGUCACCCUAUGCAGAUGCGUCCGGUAAUUGCCGUUGCAAGCAAUAUGCAACAGGUAGACGCUGCGACGUUUGCACCCCGGACUCGUUCAACCUUGACGAGCAAAACCCCGAAGGUUGUUUGAGGUGCUUCUGCUCGGGAGUAACGAGGGAUUGCAGCUCGUCUGAUUAUUACGUGCAACAAGUCACUCUGCAAACGCAAUUCGUCCAAGACAUUACGGAAAAAGUUACGGUGAGGACCGCUGACCUGACGAACUUCUUUGAAGCCAAGGGACAAAGCUAUGUGGAUUCCGGCAGGAAUCUGGCGUUCAGCGCCUUUUUGAAUGCCCCGCCUGAAAAGGCGUUGUACUGGGCGUUGCCAUCCUUAUUUCUUAACAACAAGGUAACCAGCUAUGGUGGAUCUUUGGACUUUACCAUCAACUUCCGAGGUUAUGGUGCGGACGAUGUCAGCCCGAUGGUCGUCAUGAGGGGAAACGACAUGUCCAUAUUUUACCAUCACGAAACACCCGUGCCGGCCAAUGUGGACUACACCGUCCAUGUUCCUCUGAUCGAGAACCAUUGGACACGGGAAGACAAUCAGCCGGUAACCAGGGAACACCUGAUGACGGUGCUUUCUGAUUUGCACACGGUGCUUCUGAAGAUGACCCAGAAGAAAAACAUGGAAACAAUCAGCCUGAAAGAAGUGAGCAUGGACGUUGCGACAGAAGAAUUUUCAAACCAGAAGGCAGUCAAGGUCGAGCUCUGUCACUGUCCACAAGGAUACGCAGGCACAUCUUGUGAGGCGUGUGCUCCGGGAUACACAAGAAUCGGAGGAGGUCUUUACCUCGGCCAGUGUCAACCGUGUUCUUGUCAUGGUCAUGCGACGGAUUGCGACUCGUCCAGCGGCGUCUGCAAGGACUGCCAGGACAAUACGGAAGGCGACCAUUGUGAACGAUGCAAGCCCGGGUACGAAGGCGACGCCAGACGCGGAACUCCUUAUGACUGUAACCCGGUCCACGCAAGGCCCGCUUGCGAAUGCCACUACCACAGUCCGAUCGGGUGCGACGACGACGGCCGAUGUCUGAGAUGUGAACACAACACCGAGGGGACGAACUGUGAACGUUGCAAGCCCGGAUAUUACGGUGACGCGACCGUGGGAACGCCGUUCGACUGUAGACCGUGCCCAUGUCCAGGCGGAUCCGAGUGCUACCUGGACGCGAACGGCCAACCGACUUGCAGAAGCUGUCCCGCUGGCUACACCGGACCUACAUGCAGCGAGUGUGCUCCUGGCUACGCAAGAGAUCCAAGCGACCCGUCCCGUUGUAAACCCAUCGCCAUGGCCAGUCGGUCGUUCGACCGGCUUUCCGAUCGCCUCAACGGCGGCGAUGAGUUUCGAAAAUUUCGAACCGCUGCUUGA